AUGAACGGGAUUGUGACCAAUUACAUCUGCCGGGGCAUCGACCAAGUCAGCAAACUGGAGAUUUUCAAUGCUUCUCUGUCUCCUUUCACCACCAAUCAGUACCUCUACAAUCUGACCUCUCUGACCGCUUACUCGUUUAGCCUGGCGGCGCUGGUGCAAAAAGAUGAAAACGGCUUGGGGGGUGGAUUGGGUCCCUUUUCCGAAGCUUUAGACGUGACUGUCCCGCCCGGAGGCAAGUUGAUCUUCUUACGACUGUCUCCAGUGCUUUUAGCAGCUUUACCGGUUGCACGGAUUGGAGAUGAUCUCUUUCCGGACCUCUUCAAGAGAGACCAAGAGCACAUGAGUCACAGAGCUGAGCUGUUCCCGUGCAUGCAAAUGCGAGCACCGUCGGAGCCUCAGUAUGUGACGAUUGAGUACACCCGCACCAACUUGUCCCACUUAACCUGGAAGCCUCCGAAAUCUGUCAAGGGCCAGCUGGAAUCGUACGAACUGGAGCUGAUUGACGAUGGAGUCAUCAGUCAGAAGGUCAUUUUGCAGCCAGACGUGGAAGCGUACACAUUCGAAGGACUAGCUGCAUCAACUAAAUACAUUUUAACAAUAGCUGGACGAACGAAAGCAGACAAUAAUGGCCAAGGCGGAGGUUUAGGCGCCAAGUUUACUAUUCCCAUAAUCACGUCUCCCAAUGGUGAGAUGCAAAGAAUGGAAUUUGUAUUUUGUACACUUUAUUCGAGUCCCGCCAGGGCUGUUGGCGAGAAUGAACCCUUGUCUCAAUUCCUCAUGGACAGAAUCGCUGGCAACAUAAACUGGUACACCUCUUUAAUAGCCAGCAACCUCGAGGCAUCUCGCGUAAUCCCAGGACCACCAAGCGAUUUACAGAUCUUUGAAGUGGACGCCAAAUUCAUAGUCAUUCAAUGGCAACCUCCCAAGGAAGGCGGCAAAGUUGUCACCAGCUACGAGGCCGUCAUCUCUACGACAACUCCCGACAUUGUGGUCGCCACGAGAACAAUAAAGGCCACCUCUUUAUUGUGCAAUUUCACCAACCUACUGCCAAACACGGAAUAUAAAAUCAAAGUACUGGCAAAGAUAGAGCAGAUUGAAACGAGCACUAUGGUCUUAGCUGGGCCUUAUAGUGACCCGCCGUUCACAUAUUCCACGUAUCCCGGACGUAAGUUAUCCUCAUGUCAUGGAUUAAAUUGA